CGUUUAAAUAGACGAUCUUCGGCUAUGACGUAAAACCAGGACGCGCCGGAUACUGGAGAAACCACAACGACGAUUUAUCAUCACAUCUGAUGGAACAGAACUGCGGCUGUGAAAACAUCUGUAUCGUUUAACUGGUAGUGAUGAAGGAAGGCUGUGGGACAUGAACUAACGUUACACUUCUGUCUGUCAGUUGUCUGUUCCGCUAACGAAGCAUUUACAUACCAUUAGAUAUCAGGCUAGCUCUCUGUUGUAACGCUGGAUAGAUUAUUACCAUGACUGUGUCACAUCUGGAGCUAUGGAAAACAUAUUGGGAGUUAGUUUCCAGGCCUUACACGGUGUUCGUCUGCUCCAUCACGGCCGCAGUGUGGUAUUUGUGGGACCGCAAGUGUCAGCCACCAACCCUGGUUUGUAGUGAGCCUUUUGGUGCAUUCCUCCACAAGCACUGUCCUGUGAUGGCUGAGCGUUUCAGACCCACCCCCUGGUGUUGGGGAGGUCGGCUUCAAACCCUGGUCGGUGCCUUCCUCAAGUCCAGGCCCCUCGUCAUUUAUCGCAAUGAGCUGAUUCACACGGCUGAUGGUGGUCAGAUCUCUCUGGAUUGGGUUGAUAAUCCGGACAGCGCGGCCUAUCCAGAAUCCUCUACUCGCCCCACAGUAUUGAUCCUCCCAGGCCUGACGGGGAACAGCCGGCAGCCCUAUGUGCUCCAUGCUGUCUGCCAGGCCACUCACUGUGGCUACAGGUGUGUGGUAUUCAACAACAGAGGGGUCGGAGGGCAGGAGUUGUUGACACCUGUUACCUACUGCGCAGCCAAUACUUCAGAUCUUGAGCAUGUGGUGCAGCAUGUUAAAGAACUCUACCCAAGUGCUCCUGUGCUUGGUGCUGGUGUGUCUAUGGGAGGCAUGUUGUUGCUAAACUACCUGGCUCGUAAGGGCACAGAGUCGGGGAUGGUGGCAGGUUUCACCAUUUCUGCCCCCUGGGAUGCGGAGAAGUCGUCCACUUCACUGGAAGAACCACUCAACUAUCUGCUCUUCAACAGUUUCCUCACCCGCAGCCUGUGUAAUACUGUUAACCGGCACAGAAGGAUUUUGGAGAAAGUGGCGGAUAUUGACUAUGUUCUGAAGUCACGGACUAUCCGUGACUUUGAUGAACGCUUCACAGCUUUGAUGUUUGGUUACAAAUCUUGCGAGGAGUACUACCAUGAUGCCAGUCCAGACAAAAAACUCCCCAAUACAGUAGUACCCAUCUUGUGUCUCAACGCUGCUGAUGAUCCAUUCUCCCCCCAGAAUGCCUUCCCUUUGACCAUUAUCCGGAGCCUGCCUAAUGUCGCCCUGUUGUUGACCGCUCACGGUGGUCACAUUGCCUUCCUGCAGGGUUUGUUUCCUCGCAGUGAGAACUACAUGGAGCGACUGUUUGGCCAGUUCAUCCAAGCCGUCUUCAAACACCCGAGGGAGAUCAACAAAGCCUGUGGCAUCAAGGAGGAGCAGAUGAGCUGAUCAUCUUUUACCUUCCCACCACUGAGUAUACUCUAAAGCUAUCUAAGAAUAUGAAGAAUACCUGGUUGUUCUGAAGUUUUGUGUUGUGUAAUCUGACUUUUGUCAUUUGCACAUGGGUGUCAGAUAAAGGAAUGUCUAUCCUGUCAGGCUUAUAGCCACUUGAUGUGUAAUCGGUAGUUAUGGAGGGAAUUUCUCAUGAAUCUAUUCACUGAUUGUACACUAAGUCUUUGCACAAGGACCAAGUCAGUAUGUGUGUGUACUGAAUAUCCUUUUAAAUUCAUCCUGAAUUUGCAGAAGGUUUUAUUAGGUUUAGGCACUGAUGAUAAUCAAUCACCACUUUAUUAUGGUAUUAUGUCAUUUUUCACCAGAAGCUACAGUUUUUUGACUCGAUUCUUAAUGUGUUUUUUCACUUGUGACUGUGAAUGUCUGAUGACAGUCUUAUUGAACUUAUGGGCUCAUUAGCUCUUUGUAGAUAUUUAUGACAUUCACUUGCCUUUAACUGCUGUGUAUUGUUUAAUUGAAAAGACAUACUACAGUAUGUUUUGUUGAGUUUCACUUCUUUAUGAGCUGUAACAACAAAUGGUGUUUUUGCCCUAUCAGUAAAGAUCAUUAUCUGAAA